AUGGUCGCCGCCGCCGCCACCGCGCGGCCUCCUCCGCGGGUUUCCGCCCCAUGGCUACGGCACGGCCACGCGUCUCCGCUUCGUCCGUCUACGGGGCGGCCGCUCCCGGUCCUCACGGUGGUCGCCGCGUCGCGUCGGAGCGACGGCGGGAAGAAGGUGGCGAAGAAACGGCGCAGGCGCGCCACGGAGGCCGACCGGGAGGACGGUCUCUCCGUCAGCUCCGAGAUGGUGACGAAGAAUUCCACUCCGCGUGCCAAAGUUGACGACGGCAGCCUGAAGCCUGCGCCAGAAUCCAGCAUUACCCCAAAAGACUCAGCCAUCAGAAGAGUUGCGCUGGUGGUCAUCGCUGCAGUGCUAUUCGGCGUUAGCAUCGCCUUGAAGGACGGUGUUGAGAAGGCGUCGGAGUAUUUUGCAGGCUAUUUGUUGGAACAGAGUUUGUCGGUGGACAAUCUCUUUGUUUUUAUCCUGGUCUUCAAGUAUUUUAAAGUGCCCCAGGAGAACCAGAAUCGGGUGCUUUCUUAUGGUAUUGCUGGGGCGGUGAUCUUCCGUGCAGCGUUGAUCAUCCUAGGAGUAGCAACCAUUCAGAGUUUUGAAGCGGUGAACUUAUUUUUUGCUUUGAUCCUGCUAUUCUCUUCUUACAAGCUAUUUGCUGGAAGCGAUGAAGAAUCUGAUCUGUCUGAUAACUUCAUUGUGAAAACAUGCCAAAAAUUCAUUCCUGUCACUGAUUAUUAUGAUGGUGACCGGUUUUUGACAAAUCAAGAUGGUUUACUGAAAGCCACACCAUUACUCUUGACUCUGGCAGUGAUCGAGCUAAGUGAUAUUGCUUUUGCUGUCGACUCAAUACCAGCAGUCUUUGGUGUAACAAGAGAUCCAUUGAUAAUAUUGUCAUCAAAUAUUUUUGCUAUUUCUGGUUUGAGGUCACUCUAUGUACUCAUUUCUGAGAGCAUGUCUGAGUUGGAGUAUCUGCAGCCUGCUGUUGGUAUCGUUUUGGGCUUCAUAGGGACAAAGAUGAUCUUUGACUUCUGUGGUUAUCACAUACCAACAGAAGCUUCUCUUGCUAUUGUUACCACAUGUCUUAGUGGCGGAGUAAUAUUGAGUCUAAGAAAAGCAUCAACUGACCAGGAACGUGACAAAUAGCCAGCGUGCUGGGAGAAGUAUAGCUCACUCAAGUUAGUCGUGACUGGAGGAUAUAAAGCAGAAGCAGCCUCCAUUUGUUUGCAGUUUGCAUAACACAACCAAGCAGGCAAGAGCCUCCAUUCGUUUAUGGAGUUGAGGCCAAUUCAGCCUGUGACCAAGAUUGAUGAUCAAGGCAUGACAUAGAUGCCUGAUACAGAACCUACAAGUUCCAUUACCUGCCCCAAAAAACCCUACAAGUUCCACAGAAGGUUUUGGAAUGUUAAGUCAGCAACAGGCCAACGGCUGACAGCAAAACCAAAGACAAAUAAGUAUACACUACUUGUGAUAAGUUUUGCUAGAACAAUUUUUUGCCAUGGUUGUUUGUUAUGAUACCACAGAACAUUUAGCUUAUGAUAAACAUGAUGGUAUGUUCAUCAUGUUUGUAACUUAGCAAUGAGUGUCAAUGUAAGUACCAUUUCAUUCUUCCAUUCUCCUGCUGAUCGAACCUCACUUGUAGAAACAUGCUGUCAAAUGUAAUUAUUUCCUACAUUUCCUCAAUGUACAGUCACUCAUGUACGUACAAUGU